AUGACUCGUGAUAUUGUGAACCAUUUGGUGUUCGAAGUGGCGACUGAGGUUGCUAAUAAGGUGGGUGGUAUUUAUUCGGUGUUGAAAUCGAAGGCUCCUAUCACUUGCAAACAGUACGGUCCUAAAUAUUUACUGCUGGGACCAUUGAACCCACAAUCCGUGCAAGUUGAAGUGGAACCCGUGGAUUGGGAAGACGAAUCCAACUUCCAUAUUAAAGAGGUUCAAUGGUCUCUUAGAUCUAUGCAUAACCGUGGUGUCCGCUUCACUUACGGUAGAUGGUUGAUUGAUGGUGCUCCAAUGGUUAUUCUUUUCGAUUUGAACUCUGUUAGAAAUUAUUUGAAUGAAUGGAAGGCGGAUUUAUGGGAAAUCGCCGGUAUCCCAUCCCCUGAUGGUGAUUUUGAAACCAACGAUGCCAUCUUAUUGGGUUAUACUGUGGCAUGGUUCCUUGGUGAAUUGGCCCAUAUGAACCAGACAAAUGCCAUCGUGGCACAUUUCCACGAAUGGUUGGCUGGUGUUGCUAUCCCGUUGUGCAGAAAACGUAGGAUUGAUGUGGUCACCAUUUUCACUACUCAUGCCACUUUGUUGGGUAGAUACCUAUGUGCCGGCAAUGUGGAUUUCUACAAUAAUCUCGACAAGUUUGACGUGGAUGCAGAGGCUGGCAAACGUGGUAUCUAUCAUCGUUAUUGUAUCGAACGUGCGGCAGCUCAUAGCGCUGACGUUUUCACUACUGUUUCACAGAUUACUGCAUACGAAAGUGAAUACCUUUUGAAACGGAAACCUGAUGGGAUCUUACCAAAUGGGCUAAAUGUCAUCAAAUUCCAAGCCGUCCAUGAAUUCCAAAAUUUACAUGCAUUGAAGAAGGAGAAAAUUAACGACUUCAUCAGAGGUCAUUUCCAUGGUCAGUUCGAUUUCGAUCUUGAAAAAACUUUGUACUUCUUCAUUGCAGGUCGUUAUGAAUACCGUAACAAGGGUGCUGAUAUGUUCAUUGAAUCAUUGGCAAGAUUGAACCACAGAUUGAAGGCAUCUGGAUCUAAAAUGACUGUUGUCGCCUUCAUCAUCAUGCCCGCAAAAAAUAAAUCAUACACAGUCGAUGAGCUACGCGGCCAAGCUGUGGUCAGGCAACUGGAAAACUCAGUGAAAGAUGUCACACAAUUGAUCGGUAAGAGAAUCUUUGAACACGCCAUGAGAUAUCCUCAUAAUGGCACCAAAACUGAAAUUCCAACUAGCCUUGACGAACUUUUCAAACCAAGUGAUAAAGUUGUAUUGAAAAAACGUGUAUUUGCAUUGCGUAGACCAGAAGGUACUUUACCUCCUAUUGUUACUCACAACAUGGUGGAUGAUGCCAAUGAUCCUAUUUUGAACCAGAUCAGACGUGUUCAAUUGUUCAAUAAUUCAUAUGACCGUGUCAAGAUCAUUUUCCAUCCAGAAUUUUUAAACGCCAACAAUCCAAUCUUGUCUCUUGACUAUGACGAAUUUGUGAGAGGUUGCCAUUUGGGUGUGUUUCCCUCAUAUUACGAACCAUGGGGCUACACACCAGCAGAAUGUACCGUCAUGGGUAUCCCAUCAAUUACUACUAAUUUGUCUGGUUUCGGUGCUUAUAUGGAAGAUUUGAUUGAAAAGGACCAAGCCAAGGAUUAUGGUAUUUAUAUCGUGGACCGUCGUUUCAAGAAUCCUAACGAAUCUGUAGAACAGUUGGUUGAUUACAUGGAAGAUUUCGUGAACAAAACACGUAGACAAAGAAUCAACCAAAGAAACAGAACUGAACGUCUUUCAGAUUUGUUAGACUGGAGACGUAUGGGUCUUGAAUAUGUCAAGGCAAGACAACUUGCCUUGCGCAGAGCUUAUCCUGACGAAUUUAAAGAAUUAACUGGUGGUACCGAUUUAGAUGAUUCAAAUAUGGAUUCAUUGGCCGGUAAUCCAAAGGUUAAAGUUGCCAGACCAUUGAGUGUUCCAGGAUCUCCUAGGGAUUCAAGAGCUAGCAGUGUGGGUGCUGUAAUGAUGACUCCAGGUGAUUUAGGUACUUUACAGGAUGCCAACAAUGCUGAUGAUUACUUCCAUCUAUCUAUGGGCGAUAACGAGGAUGACGAAGAUGAAGACCAAUUCAACUAA